UGAGGUGAUGAAUUUUAUGACACACUGUAGAAGUCCCAUUUCCAACAUUUAAAAACUCAUUUGCUUUCUUUAAACUGCCUCUUCUUUAUUCUCAUAUUCUUCCCUCCACACUUGACAAAAAUAAGCCCAAUUCUUUUUUUUAACAAGUUCCCACCUGUUCCCUCCAUCCCAUCCCUCCCUAAAGGUUUGCUCCAGUAAUUAUCAUCCUUGGAACUGCCCACCAAGCGCCUGUUCCCACUUAUCUGGAUACCAGGCUCCAGUCUCUUCCUCCUGCACUCCCUUGCCAAUCCAGCUGCUCUCCUGUUCGGUAUUUUAAAGUAGCUCCCUGCCGCCUGGCUUCUGUGUUUGUGUGCGCUUUGUGGCUAAUUUUUAAAACAGCUUUUUGGACGUAUAAGUCACAUAUAAAACUCACUCAUUUUAAGUGGACAUUCAACGAUUUUUAUUAAAUUUACUGAGUUGUCCAACCACCACCGUAACGGGGGUUUUGAAUAUUUCCAUCACUCUGAUAAUAUCCCUCCCCUGGUUGGCUUGUAAAGGCUGGUCCACCAAGUCUACCUACAAACAUAGUGUUUGGAAGUCAGGGCUGAAUAAAGGUCUAAAACCUCGAGGCAACAAGACAGUAAAGGAUCAUUUUUCUGCUCCUCCUUUUAAAAAAUGAAGUCAUGGUUAAUCAUUAAGCCAACCCUGAUAUUUUGAAGGGUUAAAGCUGACCCAUAUCUCCAUUUCUAUCCAUCGGCUCACUAUUUCCCUCUCCUGCUACCCCCUCAGAGAGGACACUCCCUUACUGGGCUGAGACAUUCUUCUUAAAAGAACUUUCUAGCGCACAGCCCCUCCCAAGACUAGCGACCUCCUCUUGUCCAGUAAUGCCAUCCCCAAUUCAGGCCCCCACAUACCCAUGCUCCUGAGGAAGAAACCUUAAUCUGUGGCCUCUCUGCCAAUUCCAGCUCCGCCACCCCCAUCACACCACAGAGGCCCCUUCUUCCUUUCCAUCCCUGGCAGCAUCGUUUCUCUAAGCUCCAGAAAAAAACCUAACCUGACUCUUUCUCCUCUCCAUCCUCGCCUCAGCCACCUGGUCAUCACUUCCCGGACGCUGGCACCAGGACCUUAGCGCCAAUGCCAAAAUCAUACCAGCAGAAGAGCCUAGAGAAGGGGAGCCUGUGGGUGUGUGGGUGUAAGUGUGUGUGCUCGUGUGUGGAAGAAACCAACAGAGUCCACGCCGGUGUUCAUCUUCUGAAAAUGCCAAUCACGCCCGGCUAAGAGAGCGAGGAUCAGCUCCCCAGUGCGCCCCCGGAGAGAGCAUUCAGGGCCGCGGAGCUUAGAGGGAGCAACGCUUCAACCUGGACCCCGGCCCAGCUGGCACCCCUCCCCGCAACCGCAGAGCUCACCCCCACCCCGGCGCGGUGGUCGGGCCCGGCGGCGACGUCACCCAUUGUUUACAAAUCAACCGGAGCCGGUAGGAUUCCGGCUCCCGCGGCUGCAGGCGCGCGGCGCGAGUGCCCGGCGGGUUGCGGCUUCCGCGUCCGCCCCGGCCCGGCCCCGGCUCUCGCACCGCGCCCGGCUCCGCUGCGGCCCACCGAGCCCCGCACGCAGCCGAGCCGCCAGCAACGCCCGCAGAGCUCCGGGUGCCCGGGCGGGGGACCAUGCCGUGCCGGAGGGAGGAGGAAGAGGAAGCGGAGGGGGAGGAGGAGGAGGAGGACGACGACGACAGCCUCCUCCUGCUGGAGCAGUCGGUGACGCUGGGCGGCUCGGGCGAGGUGGACCGGCUGGUGGCCCAGAUCGGCGAGACGCUGCAGCUGGACGCGGCGCAGGACAGCCCGGCCUCCCCGUGCGCGCCCCCGGGGCCGCCGCUGCAGCCCCCGCGGCCCCCGGCGGCGGUGCGGGCGGACAAGGCCCGGUCCCCGGGGCUGCCGCUGCUUCUGUCGCCGGCGCCGGCCGAGGCGGGGGUCCCGGCGCCCCCGGGGGCCCUGCGCUGCGCCCUCGGGGAUCGCGGUCGCGUGCGGGGCAGGGCUGCGCCCUACUUUGUGGCCGAGCUCGCCGCAGGUCCCUCCGCGCUGUCCCCACUACCCCCUCAGCCUGGCCUCGGUGGGCCUUCGGGAGGCGACAAGCAGGGCGCCCCGCAGCCGCUCUCGGGCCCGUGCCGGCGAGGAUGGAUGCGGGGCUCCGCCGCCUCCCGCCGCCUGCAGCAGCGACGCGGGCCUCAGCCCGAAGCCCACACCGGCGACGACGACCCGCACCGGCUCCUGCAGCAGCUCGUGCUCUCGGGGAACCUCAUCAAGGAGGCUGUACGGAGGCUUCAUUCGCGACGGCUGCAGUUACGCGCAAAGCUUCCCCAACGCCAGCUCCUGGAGCCUCUGUCGGCCCCAGUCUAUGAGCCGCCUUCGCCCCGCAGCCCUCGCGCGGCCUGCAGCGACCCUGGCGCGUCCGGCAGGAGGGCACAGCUCAGAACUGGCGACAGUGUUCUUGUCCCUGGUAGCUAACGCCACGGGAGUGGCCACAGCGCCAGCCUCUGCCUGGAGGGCAAGGGGUUCCCCUGAGGGCUCUAUCCCUACUCAGACUGGUGAAGUCGUGAUUUGGAAGCGAGAAAAUAAGCUUAUGAAGACCAGGAAUCGAAAAAUCUAGAACAUUUUUGCGGGGAACUGAGGUCGAGGGUCCCGAUGUGUUGGAAAAACAGGACUUGGGUGGCCCCACUUAAGGCACAUGAGAGAGCGCACCCCAAGCUCACAGUCAGUAGGACUUCUUAUUUGGCGUGAUCAGUCCUGGCGGCGCAGCGUGCAGUUCCACGCAGCCUCUCAGGGCCCUCCAGCCCGGCGACCAUGUGGCCACAGUCUGCGCCUCUCAGGAUCGCCGAGCGUCUGAAGGACGAGGAUGAUCCCGGUUACUUGCUUUACCUUUUCAGGGCUGGUUCCUCAUCCACAUUGAGGGAGAACAUGAGUAGACGAUCAUUUCAGGGAGUACCUCAAACUAUAGACUUGAAAAUUUACGACACUCAGAAAAACCCAGCUCGUGUCCUUUGGGGUGCUGGUUCUUAAUAUAAAACAUGCAGUACCAUGAAGGGACCUUUUUGGGAGUUGAAUAGGAGUAACCUUUUCUCUGUCCCCGCUCUGCAACUGGCUGCAGUUCUCAGAGUGGCAGGGGAAAGCGGUGCGCCCCGGAUGCUGAUGCGAGCCGGGGGCGGGCGGUGCUGGGAAAAGUAGGGUAAGGCGCCAAGUGAAGCCUCUGUCCUCUCUAAAGUAUUUUCACAGCCAGCUGUCCCUCCUCGGGUUCAAGGUCAUUGUUUCCUGGGCGCACACGGGAUUGCGGGGCUCCAGCAGGGUAGAAGAGUUGCCCGGUUGUGCCUCUACUCGGAGAAGAGCGCGGUGUUUUGCAGGGCUGGAGUCUCCUGAGGACACGCGCACCGCCACCACCGCGGGUGUAGAGAAGGCGGGGACGUGCCGGGCGCCGGUGCCUCCAGCGGGCGGCCGCACCCCGGGCUUUCAUGGAAGCUGUCCUGAGACCUGGCCUCGGAUCCCCCCCCUCUCCCCCUCGGCCCUGCUGCUCUACUCAAGCGGGUGGCGCUGGCGCUCCUGGGGCCCCAACCUGGGGGCUGGGGAGACGCCACGUGACUGGCACUCCAGGGAGGCACAGCCUCGCACAGCAGCUUAUAAUGGGCUCUCCAGGGCCGUUUGCAAUAACAGCUGCAAUUCCCUGGAUAGACGGAGUUGGUUUCCUCCCUUUGCCCCACCCCCAGCCAUGCCAGCUCGCCUUUGUAAGUGAAGGAAACCGCGUAGAAAACGUGACCGUCCAAAUGGAGAAGCUGCAGGCUUUGCCAUUGUGAACGGUGGUGAAGUGCUUGUAACAUACUGUUCACACCCUCUGAGGGAUCUAAGGCCGUUUUGUUGGUGUUUUGGUUUUAUAAGAUUCAAUGGCUUGUUCAUCCAGUUGCGGCUAUUGACAUAUCUACACUUCGCACCGGAGUGUCUGGAAUUGUGGCUGUCCUGAUUAUAGGAUUUUAACUUAACUGAAAUAUCUGUUUUUAAUAAAUGUGUUGGGUUUGGGG